AUGUGUGGUAUUCUUGCUGUUCUUGGUUGUUCUGAUGACUCUCGAGCCAAAAGGGUUCGCGUCCUAGAGCUCUCUCGCAGAUUGAAGCACCGUGGCCCUGACUGGAGUGGGCUCCAUCAACAUGGUGACUGCUUUUUGGCACACCAACGGUUAGCCAUAGUUGAUCCAGCUUCUGGGGAUCAACCUCUCUUCAACGAGGACAAAUCCGUCAUUGUCACGGUAAAUGGAGAGAUUUACAACCAUGAAGACCUCAGAAAACAGCUGCCUAAUCACAAAUUCCGAACUGGAAGUGACUGUGAUGUUAUUGCACACUUGUACGAGGAAUACGGAGAAGACUUUGUGGACAUGCUGGAUGGAAUCUUCUCGUUUGUUCUUCUGGAUACCCGUGACAACAGUUUUCUAGUGGCUCGAGAUGCGAUAGGGGUUACCUCCUUGUACAUUGGUUGGGGGUUAGAUGGCUCUGUUUGGAUUUCAUCUGAAAUGAAAGGCCUGAAUGAUGAUUGUGAACAUUUUGAGUGUUUUCCACCUGGUCACUCGUACUCUAGCAAAGAGAGAGGAUUCCGCAGAUGGUACAAUCCUCCUUGGUUCUCUGAGGCUAUUCCAACAGCCCCUUAUGACCCUCUAGUUUUGAGACGUGCUUUUGAGCAGGCAGUCAUAAAAAGGUUGAUGACUGAUGUGCCUUUCGGUGUUCUACUCUCUGGAGGUUUGGACUCUUCAUUGGUGGCAUCCAUCACUUCUCGCUACUUGGCCACCACAAAGGCUGCUGAGCAGUGGGGUUCGAAGCUACAUUCAUUCUGUGUAGGCCUUGAGGGCUCACCAGAUUUAAAGGCUGCAAAAGAAGUUGCUGACUAUCUAGGCACUGUCCACCAUGAGUUUCACUUCACUGUUCAGGAUGGAAUAGAUGCCAUUGAGGAUGUUAUCUACCAUAUUGAAACAUAUGAUGUGACUACAAUUAGAGCAAGCACACCCAUGUUUCUUAUGUCUCGGAAGAUUAAAUCAUUAGGUGUCAAAUGGGUUAUCUCAGGAGAAGGAUCAGAUGAGAUCUUUGGAGGGUAUCUGUAUUUCCACAAGGCACCUAACAAGGAGGAGUUUCACAGAGAAACAUGCCGCAAGAUCAAAGCACUCCACCAAUAUGAUUGCUUGCGAGCCAAUAAAUCAACAUUUGCUUGGGGUCUAGAAGCCCGAGUACCAUUUUUGGACAAGGCGUUUAUCAAUGUUGCAAUGAAUAUUGACCCCGAGUAUAAAAUGAUACAAAGAGAUGAAGGACGAAUUGAGAAGUGGAUUCUGAGGAGAGCCUUUGAUGAUGAAAAACAUCCUUAUCUGCCGAAGCACAUUUUAUACAGGCAGAAAGAACAAUUCAGUGAUGGAGUUGGUUAUAGUUGGAUUGAUGGCCUUAAAGCCCAUGCUGCAAAACAUGUGACUGACAAGAUGAUACUUAAUGCUGGUAACAUCUAUCCCCACAACACCCCAACAACCAAGGAAGCAUACUACUACAGAAUGAUCUUUGAGAGUUUCUUCCCUCAGAACUCGGCUAGGCUCACUGUUCCUGGAGGAGCAAGUGUUGCAUGCAGCACAGCCAAAGCUGUUGAGUGGGAUGCUGAUUGGUCUAACAACCUUGACCCAUCUGGUAGAGCAGCACUUGGAGUACACAUUUCAGCUUAUGAAAACCAGAACAAUUUAGCUACCAAAGGUGCAGAAAUUGAGAAGCUUAUACCUAUGGAUGCUGCUCCUCUUGGUGUAGCCAUCCAGGGCUAA